GAGAAAUGAUGGAUUGCUGGCCUGAUGAGCAUCUGUUUGUCACAUGUGGCAUAACUGAGAACAGCUAACUCAAUUCAGGCCAUAUGCCCCUUUAACGUCCGAGCUCCUCUUGAGUCGUAACUGACAUUCUGUGUAAUGGAGAAGCUUGUGGACAUGCUGAGGAAUAUGUUUUUCUAAUUUUGAUACAUACCACAUGUGCAUUCUGCGAUACGACCUGCUCAACUGCUGUCUGGCUGAUAUUCUUUAAAUAGCUGUUGACCUUUUUCCAGAUUGGUCUUGGAAAAGAUGUGGUAAAACCAUUUUGUUUAUAGCGAGGCCUGGGAUUGUGCACUUUGCUGUCAAGUCUGAAAAAUAUUGCUGUUUGACAUCACCAAAGCAGGAAGGCAGGAGAUACAAAUCAUUCAUGAAUAUAAACUGGGCACCGUAAAUGAAGGGCAGGUGGAGGUUUAUGCAGGUUUUGUAAAUAUUUCCAUAACGGGUCUAGAAGCAUGCAAGUGUUUGAAUAUAAGACAGACUCUUUAGCCUUUGUUUGAUAUAUGAAACUAAGCAAUUGCGCAGCACUUUCUGUUCGCCCUCUUUUUCUCAGACACAUUUUGGACCCUGAGGGCCUGUGCUGUAUUUAGACAGUGUCCUCUCUUGUGUGAGGUUAAUCACGUCCCUGUAUUUGUCUUUUCUAAAUGUGUUAAAUUGCUUGUGAGCCUUAUACAAAAAUACUUGUCCGCCUAGUUUAAUCUAAGAAUCUCUUCUCAAUAUUUGGAGGAAUUUGACUUGCACGACAGCAUGUCUUUGCAUGUAACUGAUGUUGUCAGUGAAAUUCUGAGCUCCAUCCUGGCUUUGUGUGAAGCUGAGAGAGUCUUCCUGUUUAACAUUCUUCUGCCGAUCUGAGAAUUACUUAAAGUGAUUGUUCUUCUUCAGAAGGGCCGUGCUGAGGAGGUGAAGGAUGAGAGUAAGAACGCAGAACUGAAUGCUCUUGAAGUGUUAAGCAAGUCUAGGGCUGAAACUUCAAAACAGAAAACAUGAUAUGAUGCCUUUCAGUGCUAAGCUUCUUGGAGGGUCUUUAAAUUGUCUGCAUUUGAGAAGAGAUUUGCCUUUUCUUGCAUAGGUGUUUAUCACAUCUAAAAAAUUAUUCUGCACUAACGGAUUUCCUGUUGUGAAACUGUCUGCAGGAAGCAGGCCGAACAUAUCACCCGCAUGAACCAUGCACUGCCAAAACAAGAUGCUGAGGCUUUAAAAAGUUUGCGCAACACAACAUUUGGGAAAUAGAGGAUUUUUUUUUUUUUUUUUCUUUUUUUUGGAGUGGGGGAACUAUGAUAAUAUGUAAUACCCUAACUUCCAUGAACUCAGUGCAAAGAAAGCAUGCAUAAUACAUAUUUAAGAUUUUAUUUCAUCACACUUUAUUUGUAGAUUUCAUUCUGCGUACAAUUUGAUAGUUUUCUCAAAAUUAUAUUUUUUCUCUUAUUGGCGUUUCUCUUUUCUAGUUGUGGAAAGCAUUUUCAGAUUGACAGAGUAAUAAAAAGUGAUGUCUAAAGGCCUGUUUGUGAAAACUUUUAUAUCUCGAUACAAUGAAACAGUAACUUUGAACCUGCUUUCCUUAAUUUUUCAUAUUUCUGUUCUAGUUGUGUUAUAAUGUAUGCAAAUUCGUGCAUAUGUAAUUAUAUAAUGACUCACUUGAAUAUUUUAGAAAACGACUCAAUGUACUUUGUUUAACCAGUGACCAUAAGGUAACCACAAGUAUGGUGAUAUCUAGAGGUUAGUUUUCUUACCCAAUUCACCAGUGGUGUCUUGAUUUCAAAUUCGUUUCUGUAGUUUGUAAAGCAAAUUUUGUUGUAUUUAAAUUCUGAAAAUGUCUAUUGUAUGGGUGUGUCUAGUAUCUGAUGAAAAGAAACAAAAGAUAAACAAAUCAAUAUGGGGUAAAAAAAAAAAAAAAGCAUCAGCGAGUAAGCAAAGAAUCAUUUCUACAGUGUGGUGGAUUUUGAGCAAGGUUGUUGAGAAACAAAACAGUAAAAAGUGUAUUUUUUUUAGCCUGAGGGAGAAAACGUCUGUCUUACAGAAAAACACUCGUCAAGCACAGCAUAGUAGAACAUAAUAAUCAUGACCAAUUAUUUCACAUAAAAACAUGAAAUUUGUUCACCCUGUUACAUGACAUAUGUUUCAUGUGUAACAGGGUGGAUGUUUAAGUUAAUGAAGACCAUUACUAGCUAUAAAAAAUACAAUAUUCUAGCAGAUGAUUAAAAUGUAGAAAGCAUUUCGAUAGUGGUAUCUAUUAAAUCUAUUGAUCUAUCCUGUAUACUGGCACAACAGGGUAGACAUUUAAUUUUUAAGGCUUUACAGUAAGUCUAAAAACAAAACAAGAAACAUGUUUGAGUCAUCAAAGUAAAGUUUGCCUAAUGCUUUGUUCUUUCCUUCCAAAGAACUGAUGUCACUUCUAAGAAGCCACCUAAUUCACGGCAUAUGGUUAAGAUUUUAAAGUGCAAGUAUCAGGUGCAGGGUGGUGGGAAAAUGUGUAUCAAAAUAAAUCGAUGUUAAAAAUAUAUGUACUCUUUAUUUCAAAGAUAGUAAUCAUGAAUAAAGUACAAUAAUUAUGAAUUUGGGUUGAUGAGGUGUAUCUUUGCAUGAAAAAUCAAUCCACCAAUGAGAAUGACUUGUGUUAGUGUCUAAACCCAAGGAUGAGCGACUUAAGAUAUUUUCACAUGUAAUAUUUUAACUUCAUUUACCUUGCCGUACAAUUUGCUUGAUUAUUACAUUGUUAAGAUUAUAUUGCUGUGGUGUUUGUUCUAACCGUCAGUUAUCUGUCAUAUGGUGGUUUUGCUGAGCAUAUCUUUUUGUGACCAUCAUUGUGGUAUAUGCAUUGACGUCAGAGUGUUUCUAAAAUGCCCUCAUUCCAUCACAUCUGUGAGAGUCAAGGCAGAAGAGACUAAAAUAGAGUUGGAGUCUCCAGAGGGACCGAUGCUGAGAGGAAUCCACCCAGUAUAAACACGACCCACGAGCUCUCCAAUUCUCACAGCCACAAGAUAUGAAUCGUGAAAAGUCAAAGAGAAACAUCUCAUAAGCAUUGCUUUGUUCUUAAACCCCAAAGGCAAGGCGUUUUAUGAGAUAAACUGUGUAGUUUUAAAUUUGAAGCAAUAACUGUGUGCAUCAAGGAUUUCGAAAUUGUCCAUCCACCAUUUAUUACAAUUGGCUUGUGUGAUAUUUCCUCAGGAUGGGAUUUGCUAUGACAUAAGAACAUUUAGCAGGCCUUAGCAGGUGUUGGAUCUGGAUCAAAUGGACAAUUUCUUGAUCUCUAGAUAGAAAUCCCAUGCUAAUUACUGGUUUAAUCGGAUCUACGGUGGAUUUGCAUCUCAGAUCGCAUUGGAUUUGAUCUCUAUAGGAACUCCGAAGGGAUUCUGAAGAACUCUCGCUGAACCAUGAAGGAGGAAAUCCUGCAGUUUUUCAAUGAUAUAUGGAACCUCGCUUCAUCCAAGCACGACCAGAGCGUUUACAACACGGUGUGCCUGGUAGUGCUUCUGACUCUACCGCUGGUUGUCCUCUUCACAUCUCUGCUGGUCUGCUGUCAUUGUUGCUGCUGUCGUAAUGUUGACGGAUGCCGGUGUUGUUGUCGUAAAGGGGAGACCUCGGUCACAAAUACGAAAACAGAAAAGAAGAAAAAGAAAAACGGCAGCCAGAAUAAUGAAGACUUGUGGAUCUCCGUCCAAACAGAUCCUAUGAUUAAUGAAAGACUUGCACUGACUAUGGUGUGAUCAAUUUUAGGUGUAUUUAUCUUCAUGGUACGUCUAAAGGUACAGAAGCGUUAUGGCAGCGUUUGCUAAAAUGUGCCUGAAUGUAAAAAAUUCUAAAUAGAAUUUUAAAUGAAUUUUUGUAUAAAAGUAAAGUUUAGGAGUGAACGAAUGUCGUGUGUGAUCCUGAAAGGCUUUCCAAUAACCAACGUUAGUUAAAAAGAAAUGCUUAUCUUUAACAUUUAAAAAAAAAAAACAUUCUGUCUAAAUGGCCACUAAGGCCACCUUUACACUGCAGGCAUUAAUACCCGAUAUCCAGUUUUUGACUAUAUUUUUCUCAAUGACCCAUAUCAGAUAUCUGCACUCUCUCCAUACACUUGGCAAUAUAGCCCAAGGUAGAUGUACUGACCUGGAAAAAUUAGAUGAAAAAGUAAGUAAAGAUGGCAUGUUUUGCAAUGGAGGCAGAUGAAACGGUAAUACAAGCUUUUGAAAAGGGUAGAAUUUCCUUUUGCUAGAAUUGAAAUCGUUUAAUCACAAUUGGUGUCCACCUGAGCUGUCAUUUACCACCGUUAUAUUUUAAAGUGCAUAUGACUGACAUCGAUGGGAAUAUCUGAUCUGAUCACUUACAUGGCAGACUCAAGUGAACAUAUCCAGCUCGUAACAGCUUCAUUUCCAUAUAUGAAUGAGGCCUGAAACUGAUCUGAGAAUAUCAGAAGUGGAGUGCUUUUUCCAUGUUUACAUGUUUGUGGGUCAUAUCUGAUCUGUGCUACAUUGGAGAAAAAAACUGAAUUGGGUCACUUGAACUAUGUAGUCGUGCAAAUGCAGCCUAACCAACAGUGAAUAGCCGCAGAGCAACUUUUCUGUGUUAGUAGUACUGCACUUUACUGAAUGUGUGUGAGUGAAAUACAAAGAUUUAUUCAGGAAUUAAACUAGCUACCAUCUA